AUGGCUUCGGCUUCACCUGCCAGUGUGCGGUUUCAAGAGGAUGAGUCCCAAUGGCCAUAUUCUUCUCGUCCGACAAAGAGACACAAGCGCACCUCCGGCGCGGGAGCCUCAGGACCCUCGCCUCGCGAAAUUGGAUUUAUGAGAGAGUCUCAAAAUGACGGGUCUGCAACCUUCCUUGGAAGUUCAAGUGGAAUCCAUUUUAUUCGUCAUGUUUACAAUGCCUUUACACGCCGUUCAGCAGACUUGGACCAAACACGAGCCCGUGACAGAUCCUCGGUGCCAGGGGAAGACGACCGGCUGCAGCAAAUUCCAGGAAGCAUCCAAAGCUCGGAUGAGCUAUGGGCAAAGGAGGAAUUAAAUUAUGCCCCAAAUGCCUCAGUUGCUUUCGACGAUCUUGUAGAGUGGACACGCAGCUAUUUCGAAAAUUGGCACCCAAUCUUCCCAUGCCUACACGCCCCGACAGUCUUGAAAACCAUGGAGACAGUCAGCCAAAAAGGGAUUGAAUCGGUCAACCAACUAGAACUGAUGAUUCUCCGCUCCAUUUUGUCCAUUUCUCUCGGUGAUGAUCGGCAGAAAACGGUGCGUAGUUCGAAGAUCAAUCCCGUUCCUUCGGUCUUGGUCUUUCGAUCCAUCCAACAUGUGAUGCAAGAUGUACAAAGCCUCCUUGAAAAGCCAACCAGCUUGCCACUGCUACAAGCGGCAUUCACCGCUCAACUCGCACUCGCUUCUCUUUUGCGCCUGAAUGCUGCCUCGCGGGUAGGGGGUGUCAUCACGCGCACUGCAUUCCACCUCGGGUUGCAUCGUUGCCCAAGACGCUUUUCUUGCUUCAGCAGCGAAGAAGCCAACAUCCGUUGUCGAUUAUUCUGGUCAAUAUAUUCCCUUGAGCGAUAUCUUUCCCAGGCCCUUGGCAUUCCGCUCUCUAUCCGAGAUGACGACAUUGACGUGUGCUACCCCGAUGCGGAGAGACAUCUUUCAAAUUUUAAAGUCCGUGACGAUUGUAGAUUGCGCCUACUAGGCCAUCUAGCGAAGUUUGCCCGGAUUCGAGGUUUGAUUGUUGAACUUCGUAAUAAAUCCAUUCUCCACAGUCGCGUUAGCCAGAUUGAAGCGGCUCAUGUUACUGGAGAACUAGCGCAAUGGUGGAAUGAAGUUUACGACGAUGUCAACCCCAUUUAUGAGCCCACAGAAACUGGCCGGGAUCAAGGACCGAUCUUGCAGCCAUACCACCGGCUACUCCUGAUGAUCCUGAGACACGAGGCUACUAUCUCGCUCAAUCGACCUCUUCUAGCCUCUGAAAAUCCUAGUGCAGAUUACAAGAACGCAUUACAGACUUGCAUUGGAUCUUCUCGGUCUAUCCUUGCGGCAUUGAGAAAGCACAUGUCUUCUGAACCGGCAUCUCCGCUCUCCUGGCCAUGCUUUACCUGGUCUGCUUGGAUGGCCUGUCUCAUUCUGAUGUAUGCUGCGUGGAAUGAAGAAUUUCCAGUGCUGACUGCUCUCAAGUAUGCGAGAAUGGGGAUUGCCAUCUUGGAAAACCUAUCACUGCGCGGUAGCAGCUGGCCAGAGACCUGCAUCGAGGCGAUCAAAGGCAUGCAAUCUGCUUUCAAAACACAGACAUCUAGUGGGCACCAACCCAAGCCUACUGCCACAUUUCACGGCCGCGGAAGAUCAUCUCAACCCAAUUCCCAAGCUACCCCAUCGACGGAUAGACGGAUAUCACGAAUGCUGCCAGCUCAAAAUGAAAAUAAUGAGAUUAGCGAAACAGGUCUCACGCCAAUUCGAUCUCAAGCUUUAGCGCCGAACGGAUGCCAAGGCCGUCCAGCCUCUACCGAAAUUCGUCCACUUCAAGCUUCAAUACGCUCUCCUGCCCAAGGCCUCGGCCCCGCAGAAAACUACGACUCGGCCGUUUUUUCACCGUCUAGCAAUUUCGGUAACUUUGCUGAAGCAUUAGACCCUGCUGAGAACUAUCUCAGUGGACAGUCUUCAGCUGGUCUCAUAUUUGGCAACAUGGCUGACAGAAACUCUGCUUUCAAUCCGAGUUUUGCUGGUCAAGACUCUUUGCUAUUUUCAUCAUCUAUGCUCAUGAACGAUUCAUGGAGUGUGGCUGAUGGCCCAUGGAUGAUUCACAACAACUUCUAG